UACUCUGGGCCCGGCAGGCUUCUGUCAAUCACGGCAGCUUGAGUUUUUUAAAGUUGCACAAACGCCCUGAGUCUGAAUCAAUUAUUACAAGGCCGAACAGGAAUCACCUAAAACAAUGCUUCCACUGCCUUUCAUCGCUUUCCUAGGCGCGUUGUCUCUCUUUCACUGUUCGGAGUUUUUGCUUGCGGCAGUAUAUAUGCGACACGAGCUUUCAUGGAACUCCUGGCUCUUCAGCAGGCCGUACACUGUUGCCAUGGGGUUCGCCAUACUCGAGUACAGCGUGGAGGCUUUGCUCGUGCCGGGCCUCAAAGUGGGCACCGGCGGCAUGGGUUACUUGCCAUGGCUAGGCGUCGUGCUGAUCGUUCUUGGCGAGGGCAUCCGCAAAGUCGGCAUGUUGAUUGAGUCAUGCUUUGCAGACAGCUAGCCUUGGACAGAUUUACCUUCAGCCGCAAUGGCACACCCGCAAGGCCCAGGGGUUGACAUGACCCUUCCUGCCUUGCCGUUAUUCGGCUGUUUGACUGUGUGCGUGCUGCUUGCUAGCAACCUGCCUAGCCUGUCCUGGCAUCGAGCAUACCGAUGACGAGCCGAGACCGAUGCUGCCAUGGCGAAACGGUGCU